CGAGCGCUACUCCGUCGCUUAGAAACCACUUGAACGUCUCACCUCUAACAUUUGGGUAGCAACAGUAAAGUUGACUAUCGCUAUGCGAGUCAGUAAGUGGAUACCAAUAGACGACAACAAACGUGUUACGCAAGGUACAUUUCUGCCAAAGUUAUAAGUCGGUAGUAAUCGGAAGGUGAACUAACCUCUUGUCAUGGCUGGGAGUUGUGUUCGAGUUGACCCCCCGUUUGUCGAGUUCAACGGUGUGAGCGUCGGGCAGGUUUACAAGACGACACUCACGGUGACAAAUGUUGGGAAAACUGCGAAGAAAAUAAGGAUGGGAAAGCCCGUGUUAAAGUUUUUUAAGUUCUCAGCAUCCAGCACAGCCCAGUUGGUGGCCCCCGGGCUGUCUGUGAGCGGCCUGCUUGAGUUUACUCCAGAGGAAGAGGAGGAGGUCAGAGACUGCCUUCUGAAUCAUAUCGAUUAUAUAGAGACCAUCAAAAUUCCUCUGCUGGGGUUUGCCAAGGCUUGUUCCUUCCUAACAGAGUCAGUACUAGACUUUGGAAAUGCAGCAAGCAGUCAGGUGAUCAGCAAACGUCAUCAUAUAACCAAUCAGGGAUCAGCGCCAGGAGUGUUCCAGUUGCAGUACAAUGGAGACCCCUCAGUCCGAAUCUCACCCCGCGGUGGAGUUGUAGCAGCUGGCGCCACCCUGUGGCUAGAGGUGGAACUGCGCACAGACAGACCCAGGCAGAUAGAUGAGAAGGCUCUGCUGGAACUCCAGAAUCACUCUGAUGUAGUUCUCAGUAUAAAAGCUGAGGUGGUGGACCAGCGCCUUGAGGUAUUGGACAUGCAGGAUGCUCCACUGUCCUGCCUGUGGUUUGGACCGUUAUACUUCGGGACGUCCAGCGUGAAGAAAGUGGUUCUGAGAAACAAAUCCCCCCGGGCAUGUGACUGGGUUGGCCUGCUCCAGGAUACUGCUGCUGGGACCGAGGCGGGAGUGGAUCUUCAGAAGAGCAGCGACACUGUCCUGCUGGAGGGAAUGGAGCGGUGCAGCCCAGUCAAGCCCGACGUCUCUCAGGUGUUGGUGUUCGUCCCCAAACAGGGGAGACUGGGACCGUACGACAAAACCACUGUGGCAGUGUGCUUCAGCCCCAUGAGCAAGAGCAAAAGUGGUCAGAGGAAGUGCCAUCGCUCGACCGGCCGGCAGGACUACUGUCUCUACCUGCUGUUUGAGUCGGUUGGGAGCAGAUUCGGAUUCACUCACUGUAACGCAAGCAGCAGUGUGGAGCUGGCAGUGACAGGUUCCGGACUGCCUGUGUCCCUGGUGCCAAGUCCUACUCGGAAAUUUGAUUUCCUCACCUGUGCGACAGGUCAACGCGUGGACCUGCUGUGUGUGCUACAGAACCUCUGCCCUCAACUUCCUGUCUACUUCCGCUUCCGCAAAGUGGCACAUUUCACCACCGAUCCCUCCACUGGCACAAUUGCCGCCGGGCAAUGCCAGGAUGUAGUUUUGUCUUUCACCGCGCGCCAGCAAGGGAGCUUUCAGGUGCGCCAGAAGCUGGAUGUCUUAGGUCCUGGUGUUCAGAGAGGUGGCAACACCAAGGAAGAUGUUACUGAACCGGUGCUUCUCUGCUUCCACACCAUCACUCUUAACCUGUCUGCUGUGUGCCGCUGUGACACCACACACCUCGGGCCUAAGCUGAAUCCCGGCAUCACUCCAGCAGUGACCAAUCCGACUGGAUCUCUGCCUGACGUUCGUUCCAGCGACCUGUCUCGCUGCCGCGCGACGUUGCCCGUGGCCGUCCUGGGCGCCGGGCGAACUCUACUCCACAAACACCGCAGGCGGAGGCCGGAGGGGGAAGAGUUCCUGGCUUUUCCCAAUGACCGCCCGGCGAGCAACAGGCCUGCCUCCGCACACAGACAGUACAGGACCCUCUUCACCGGUGUACAGCGCUAUUGCUAUGUAGACACCAGCUAUGCUUUCACUGAGGAAGAGGAAGAGCAGAGACGGAGGCAUCGAAAGAUUUACGCAGACUUCACCCGGCAGCUCGGAAAAACUCGCCUGCAGGAGACCGAUGAGAGACAGCAGAAAGCAGUGGAGAACGACGUGGACAUCGGGAUUGUUCCUUCUCACGGGCUCGUUCCACCUACGCUCGGCUUCAGUGACCUGCAGAACAGUCUAACCUUUGAGACCAAGCCAAACUACUUUGGGGCUUCACCAGCAUCUAGACUUAACCGCCCCAAAGACAGCACAUCCGCCAACCGCGAGGUUGACAGUCAGGUCAUUAGUGCAGUUCCCACUACCAGCCAAGAAGUGGCGGACUGCAACAGGACUCUGACGGCUCAGGAGCUCUCCCAAGUCAUCAUAGGUCCAUUGCUGGUGGACUUUGGUGAUGUGUGUGUGCAGUCAGUGUGUGUUCAGAAGCUGGAGGUGACCAAUCGGCUGUCAGUGUUUGUCUGGGUGCAGCUGGAGGUGGACUGCAUCGAGCUCCAGGGCUCCUCCCCCCUCUCUCAUGUCAUGCCCCCCAACUCCCGCAACACCCUGCCGCUGACAUUUCAGAGCAGCAAAAUGGGUCACUUCUACAGACCCGUGUCCUUCUCUGUGAACCAGCAACACCCUGGUCAGAUUCUGGUCCAGGCCCGGGUUGUCCCCAUGGCUCUGGAUUUGUCCACCGACCGGCUGGUGAUCCACCCCACCAACGCUUUGCUCGCCCAAUCAGGAUACAGGAGCUCCGUCACCCUUCGGAACCGCCUUAACCGCACCGCUGAAUUCGAGUGGAGGCCGGUGGUCACACAGAGCGGCAUCCUUUUCUCUAUUCGGCCAGCUGCAGGUUCAGUGGAGCCAUACAGGGAGUUGGACUGCGAGGUCGUGUGGCAUCCCUCCUUCUCCUCCCCCUCUGAGGGAGACUUUGACCUCUGUGUCCACGAGGGCAACACGCAACGCCUGCAUUGUGUUGCUAAGGUCGGGUCCACCAGCGUCCAGCUGGCUGACAGAAAAGUCACGUUUGGAUUGGCGCCUCUCAACGCGCCUUCAGUCAGAACCACAGUGUUACACAACACCGGGAAGCACCACGCCUACUAUCAGGUGCUGGAUGUGUAUCCACUGCCGGGCUUGGUGGUGAGUCCACUUGAGGGCGUGGUGCCGAUGGGGGGGCGGGCCACACUCGAGAUCCACUUCAUCCCCGACUCGGUCAUCAAGUUUGACACCAGAGUGGAGAUAGCUCUGAGGAACAUGAAGUCCAUCGAGCUGAGAGUUGGCGGAUCCGUGGAGCCUCCAAAUGUAGACUUUAGUGUGACCGGGUUCCAGUUUCAAGGCGUCUACGCUGGCUCUCGCCGAGCGAUACCGUUCGCUCUGACAAACCGCUCGUCGGCCGCAGCCCGGGUGACCUUCGACCUGGCGGCAUACACAGACUUCUCUUUGCGCCUCCCUCAGUCCUCGGCACGUCCGUAUUUGGACGUAAUGCAGCAAAUCUCACAGCUGAUAGAGAAGGAGUCGGGAGUGACGGUGGUGGAAGUCAGCGGCAAUCAGACUGUGGAUUGUUCCUUCAUCUUCUCCCCCACGCAGGCCGCCUGCUAUGACUUUGACCUCCCACUGUUGGUCAACGGAGCGAUGUGGCCCGCUGCCCCCCCGCCUCCUCCCUCUGCUCCGUCCUCCCGCUCCACCUCGUCCUCGCUGUCGGCGUGCAGCAGGAAACACGUCGUCAGACCUCUCCCCCGGUCCGUCGCCAUGGCGACGCAAGAGGCCCUGCACGUACAGGCCACAGUGUUGUGCGCCCCACUGGAAAUGUCCCCCUCGAGCCUAGAGUUCCGUUUGGAAACCCAGGCACAACUGUCCGAUGUUUACACCAAGACGGUGGAGCUGAAAGCGGUGUGUGAGGAGAGCACAUUUUGGCGUUUAGGCGCCAGGAAACACAUUAGCUGGUGGUUUGACCGCAGAGGAAUAGAGGGGUCCGAGUACAGAAGAGAGGGAGAACUGUGUGAGGUGUUUCCAUCAUCAGGCAUACUGGGGCCGGGUCAGUCCAUCUACCUCACAGUCAGCAUCCACACGGCGGGGUCCGACAAAGGGACCAAACUGUCCCUACCUCUUUACUUGGGAGACAACGGAGGACAAGGGACAGGAAGAGAGGUGGGGCAUGAACCUUACAGAGAGCUGUCCAUCGCUAUUAUCAUCCAGCCACCCCGUAUCACCAUCCACCCCCCUCAAAUCCUCCUCACACCGGUACCCCUGGAAGGCAUCGCGAGUGCCACUCUCACCCUGCUGGCGAGGGGAUAUCCUUGUGGAACCACAGUAGCAGCUGAAGUGGAUGAGGUGGAACUGGAGGAUGGGUCAAAGAUACGGCCUGUUUCCAUCAUCUUCCCACAGGGUAACAACAUCCCAGCCCCAAACCAUGAUAAGAGACAUCGGGUAGGCAUUCAGACCCAGGAGGCCCAUGAGACCGCUCUAGCCUGCAGCGUGUCCUUCUGCUCCGCCAUCCCUCUGUCCCUCUGCACAGCCAUCACCUUCACCGACCACCUCCACAACAAGUUUAAGGUUAACUUGUGUGCUGUUGCUGAGAACUGCGUGUUGACAGUCUGGCCGUAUAUGGCCCUGCAUCGCUCCGAGCAACAGAUAGUUCUCAAGACUGGAGCCACAGCUGUUGAGGCGAUCCUGCAGCGGCAUCACACACCAAGUCCGGUCUCCGGUCCGACUUCCUCGUCCUCGUCGUUGUUCGAUCGCAGCAGCUCAACGAACCAGAACUUGGCAUCAGACUCCUUUCCGGACAGCAACUGCGCUCCUGCCGGCAGGAGUACAGAGGUCUUUCCCAACCGAGACCCCUCGACCAGCCUCGGCGCCCCAGUAUUCUCCGCAACCGACUCGGAGGAAGGACUAUUUUCCCAGAAUGUACUGAUGGCCGCAGAGAGGUGGUUUAGCCUCUUCGGGUGGCCGAGUGGACCGAACCCCAUCUCCGUGCCCCACACGCUCAGAAGAGUUGUGUCAAAAAUUCAGACGGCUGAUUCAGGUGGACGAACUUAUAGAGUCAGUCAAAACAAAGACUCCAGGUCCGUGGCGGACAUGCUCCACCACCUGACCGGCAAACCGAUUCCCGGUAUUCCUCGGAGUCUGCCACUUUCUGCUGAUCUCGACCGGCGCACCGAUCAGCUGCUGCAGCAGCACGGAGCCAUGCUGACGUUUCUCAGGGCGCAGGGGGCCUCCCUUUGUCACAUCCGACCAGAGUACCUGCUUGACAUGCAGGAGUUCCGACACUGGUGCUCCCUCCCUCAGUCACGCGAGGGAGAACAUUGUCUGGACCACAGCAGUGUUGACUAUGAGUCUUUGAGCAAGCGAUCCUGGACUGAUGUCCUGCUGCAAAUAUUCAAGGUGCUGGUGUUGUGCCGCGUGUCAGAGGCCGCUGGGAGCAACUCAGCUUUGAAAAACGCUGCAACCAGACUGCAGGCCAGUAACGUCUAUUCCCACUGCGAGCUCCAGUUGCUCUUAUGGCUCAACUUGCAUUACCGGAGCAUGAGGACGACGGUGUGGCCACCGGGCAGCGUCCCAGCAGCGCGCUGGAUUGUGAAUUUCGACCUGGACUUGGCGGACGGAUUGGUGCUCGCCACUCUGCUCGCCGCCUACUGUCCUUACCUGAUCUGCAGCCACUUCCAGAGGAUGUACCCCACCACCAGCAGCCUGGAGCAGAUCCUCCACAACAACAUCAUAGUGGCCCAGGCCUUGACUGCACUUAGACUCAACCUAGACCUACAGCCCACAGACUUAUCGGACCCCAAUCCAGUGCAGAUGCUAAUUCUGUGCGUUCACCUGCAUGAGCACCUGCCGCAGUACCUGGCACUGGACACUGUCACUCUAUCAGGAGGUCUGCACAGCACUUUCAGCCAACAGGUGUGUCUGAAAAGUCCAUCCUCAAAGCCAAUGAAAUACCAAGUACUUCUUUUAGGAGAGGACGCCCGUCUCUUCUCCCUCCCCGGUGGAUCGACAGUCACUAUUCCUCCAAAGGCGACCUCCGAACUGACUGUCCGGUUCUGCUGCUACGGCAUGCGGCCCGCGAAGGCGGCCCUCCUGCUCGUCCCCGCUUCUCCCCUCGGCCUGUGCGGCCCCGCCGCCCUGGCCUUCGAUCUGAAGACCCACGUCAGUCGCGUCACGCCCGCGAACACAGUCAAGUGUAUGUCUCCGUGCUACCAGCUGAAAGUGAUCCAGGUGCCCAUCGCUAACUCCUUCAAGGAGGAGGCCGAGUUCAGGGUGGUGCUGGUGGAGUCUCCCUUCAACCCGCUGGAGAAAAGCGACGUCCUUGUUCAACACGCUGCCCCCCGAGGCAAAAUGACUUCAGACAAGAGCUGUGUGGAGGAGGCGGAUAUCAGUGGUGAAGCCACUGAGUUCCUGAGUGCAAUGAGGACUGUUUGUCUGAAGUCAGGCCAAAAAGACACUCUGAACCUCUACUACCUGCCCUUCUGCCCAGGCACCAAGUACUGCUCUGUGCUACUAGUUUGCCCUCAGGUUGGAGAUAUGGUCCAUAUGGUGAAGGCCACCGCAGAGUUGCCUCUUCCGUCCCCUUUUACUGCACAGCCCAGUUCCAACAUGGUCUCCAUCCCCUGCAACUCUGACCCGGCUGUGUGUGUGACGUUACUAAGCUUACAAUGCAAGGUGGGGCAGGUGUGUGAAGAGUUGGUGCAAGUGCCGCUGAUCAAUAUGGCGCUGGAGCAAGCUUUGGCCUUCUGGGGUCAGCAAAGCAUGAGCGAUGACGAAUUCAGGAGGCGUACGCUGACGCACACUUUGAACAGCAGCACCGUGAGGGCAUCUGCGGCUGUCAGCAAGCUCGUCAAACCUCAGGCUCAACUAUUAAGAGAUGGUCCCCACCGUAAUGGAGUAGAAUAUAGCGUGGAGGUUUCUUUGCCACAAUACUUUGCCUUACCCAGCAAUGUUAUAAUACCUAUUAAGGAAGACGCCAACAUACCAUGGGAGAAUCCUGCAGAUUGUGGCUGUGUGGACAUUCCAGUACGGUUCCAGGCGGACUCUGUGGGGAAAUUUACAUGUCAGGUGGUCCUGAGGUCCUGGCGUGACACCAGGGUCUAUGUGCUACAGGCACUGGUUACUUCGCAGCAUGAUGAGACCCACUGAGACUGGAAAAUACAAGCUGAGCUGUAUGGUGAUGGAUUUUCUGGCCCAAAGGCUCUGGAUGUGCUUGCAGGGACAAGAGCCUUCUGUACAAGUCUGUGGGGGAAUUCUACUUCCUUAUUAAGCCCAAUUCUCAAUGGACAGAAAAGCAUUGGUGGUUCACUGAUGGGGAAAGUAUUCAGAUAUUGUACUUCAGUAAAAAUAUAUAUAUAUAUUAACACCACAAGCCGCUGUAAACACUGUCUUUAUAAGUAGAAGUCCUUCAUUCAAAUAACUUACUUGCUAAUUACUUAACUAACCAAAGUCUACUGACAAAAAAGUUAGCAUCAAAAUGAACUCUUGCACUCGCUUUACCAAACCGUUGUGACGAAAAGAGAGCUGAGCCGGAAGGCAAAGCUCUCGAUCUACCGGUCAAUCUUCAUUCCUACCCUCACCUAUGGUCAUGAAGGAUGGGU